AUGGAUCUCAUAAGGUGUUGUUUUUGCUGUACCUCUACUUUUGGAUGUAGAGAUAAAAUCACAAGAAGCUUUGCUUUUCAUCCUCCAAAGCCUCCAGGGUACAUUAUUGAACAAGUCCAAGAUGCUUACCAAAUGUUAUUAAUAGACGAAAAUGGAUGCCAAACCAAACCAAUCGAAGUAGGCUGAGUUAGUAGUGAAAUUAUUACGCUGAAAACAGAAAGGAAGCAAAUCAUACCAGCAAUUUAUUUUAAAAAUGUGCAUGCGGUAUUUACUUUGAUUUUCUCACAUGGCAACUCAACUGACAUUGGGAUUAUGAGGAAUUUCAUUGCAGAUUUGUCAGUUCAGCUUAAAGUGAAUGUAUUUAUUUAUGAAUACAGCGGAUAUGGACAAAGCACAGGGAAACCUUCAGAAAAAAAUAUUUAUGCAGAUAUAAAAGCUGCUUAUGAUUACCUUAUAAAUGUGAGAGGGAUUUCUUGAAAAUAUAUUGUACUUUAUGGACAGUCUAUUGGAACAGUGCCUUCCUGUGAGCUAGCUUCUUGAUCUAAGGUCGGCGGGGUUAUUUUGCAUGGGCCAAUUGCAUCAGCUCUGCAUAUGUUUUCAAAAAAAGUAUCUGCAUCCCCAUGGUUUGAUUUUUUUUCAAAUAUUUCAAAAAUUCCUUAUAUAAAGUGCCCAAUAUUUCUACUGCAUGGAAUAGAUGACAAGCAAAUUCCUUUGAAGCAUGCAGAAAGGCUUGCGAGUUUUGUAAGAUAUGGCUUCCCACCAUGGUGGGUAAAAAAUGCUGGCCAUAAUGAUAUAGAAAUAAAACACAGACGAGAGUACUUGAAUAGGCUGAAAAUGUUUAUUGAGUCAAUUUAUGAGAUUGUUCAGCUUCCAGAAGACGAACUUGAUAACAAAUUCAAGCCUUUUGAUAGGAGAAUUCCUCUGAAUGAUUUGCCUGGUUUUAAUGAUAUUAAAACGCCAAGAGAUUAA